AUGCCCAACUGUAAGAAGGUCUCUCUUAGUAGCGGCAGGGCCCAUCGUCCGCACGUCCCUAUUCGAGACGCGCUCCCAAUGUCCGUCAUUGUGGAAGAACCAGCAAGUAUGCGCGAGUCGCGUCUCGAAGAACAGUUCAAACAUCCGGACGACAUUAAGCCGAGCAGCGGCAGUUUCCUCGAUGCACUUCAGGAACGACCCCGUGACUCCCCAAAGCAGAACGGGGUCCACCAGCCAGCUCUCGAGUCACCAGUUCAUCGCUCCGAGAUUGUGCCACCGAUCGAGUCCGUGGUUACUGCCACCAAGACGCUGCAGGUCUCUCCGCACAGUCCUCAUACCGGCGAGGACGCAACUAAGACGUGGACCUCUCUGGAAUCCCGUUCCAGCUAUCGCGAGCCAUUGAGUCUAAGAAACGAGCGCAACGAUCGCUGUAGCACCCGUCAAGGGCGUCUGGAUCCAGAGAGUGCGUUACGUGUCCACUCGAGAACGUCGUCGUCGUCGUCGUCGUGCAAAGAGAAGGAGGAGACCGAACCGAUCGAGCUUCAGAAACGACCUAUCCGUCGUCGGACGGAUCACCACGCAUCCAGCACUACCCGUCCUAAAGCUUUUUCGGAUCCCCCUUUAGCUCCACGAAGGAGUGAGCGGUGCCCCUCACCAAAGGCUUCGAACAGUAGUAGGAAGCCUAUUGCGAGGAUCCGAUCCAAGUCGUCAAGCAAGAUGAACCCGAUUCUCUCACCUCAAGUGGACGACCAUGACCGACGAGCUGAGCCGGAUCUUCGUCAAGCAGUUCGACCACGUACGACGUCACGUGACAGUAGUCGGUCCAAGUCCCCGCCUUUAUCUUCAGAAGUUCAGGGGAAGCGCAUGCUCCCACCAUUUCGAAGCCCGAGUCGCCUAACUGACGACGACAGUCCGAGGUCCCAGACGCUUUCGGGACAAGUUUCUGGUUCUAGCGACCAAAACGAGCUAAUGGGAGGUCGACAGCCAUCUCACCAUGCUGGAGCUACAAAGGUCGACCGAGUAAAGUCGUCUCCUCUUUCGCCUGCGUUGCUCCUGGACACUGAAGAUCGUCGGACAGGAUCGGUCAGAGAAUCGAGUCCUCCUACACGAGAACAUUCGACGACGCAGUAUCCGAAGUCGCGUCAUAACGAUACGGAACAACGUCAAGUGAGAUCAUGUCGGCAGUCAAGACUGCCCGCGACGCAGUCUUCGGAGUUUCCACUCCCUACGAACUCAGCAAAGGACAAGCUGCAAGUCUCUCCUCGUCUAUACGGGAGCUCUCGAGAACGUCCGCGUUUGCUGCAAUCGUUUCUUCCAAGCAGGUCACCGAAAAAAGUGGCAAGUGAAGAAACGGUUCCUCGUUCGACAUCGACAGCCAGCUUAUCUCCGUCUACUCCUUCACCUCGAAUGAGCGUGCCAGCGUCUCCGUUGCGUCUGCGUCAUUACGAGGGCCGAUUCAUGAAUCGACGAAGACAGACGCUGUUCUACUUCUCUCUCUUUCCCCCGGAGCGAAUGCCAUUGCGUGGGGUGGUGCUGUGUCUGCACCGGCUUGGCGAUCACUGUCGUCGGAACGUGAACUUGUACGAACGCUUGUGUCGAGAAGGUUUCGGGGUAAUCACCUACGACUUGCUCAACCACGGUGUGAGUGACCUCGACGAGCACAAAAUUCGUGCGCACGUUGGGGACUUUACUCAUCUCGUCGAGGAUACAAACGAUUUUAUCACGUUUGCAAAGCGCUCGAUCUACACGGAUGCACUUCGGUACUGGCGAAAGUGUCACUACCGUCAUCAGGAAGGUGACCCGGACAAUGCUCCCGUUCCGGAAUUGCCCCUGAUCAUUGCUGGGAUGUGUUUUGGCUCGAUCGUCGGCAUUCACACGAUACUAUCGGGGCAGCACAAGUUCCACGCUGCGGUGUGGAGCUCACCGACGUUUGGCGUGGUUUGGAAUCCACUGCUUUGGGCCGAGUCCAAGCUGGCGAAACCGUUGUCUGCAAUGAUGCCAAAGGCCAAGGUGGUGCCUGCUGUGCAGUAUGAGCUGCUCAGUCGGGACCCCAACUUCUUGAGGAGAUUUAAAGCUGAUCCGCUGACGUACGUGGGCAUGAUGACAGCGCGUACUGGACACGAGGCCCUUCAGGCUGUCGCUCGACUGCAGGAAGACGCCAGGGUGAUGGAUCCACGCAGCACGUUCUGCGCCGUUCCGACGCUCUUUCUUGGAGGUUCGCUCGACGGAAUCUCUGACCAGCAGGCGGCGAUCAAAUUCUUUGGUACGAUGGGGAACUUCGACAAGGAGUUCAAGCUCUUUGAUGGACUCUAUCACUUGGUGUACGAAGAGCCCGAGAAGGAGAAUGUAUUCCGGUACCUCGCCAAGUGGUUGCGCCGUCGGUUCCCGUCCGAAACGCGUUAA